AUGGCCGCAAACACAUCACCGCUUGGUGGCGCCAUCGGUCCUUUGCCCACCCCUUCUUGGUUCACCAAGCGUGACGUGCGCCGCCAGCUGGCGUAUCUCGGAUACUACGAUGUGCCCGAUGAGGUCUUGGCUCAGUUCACCCAAGAUCUGAUUGAUUUAGCAACACAAGCGGACAGUGCCCCACCUCGCGCCUCGGGCCCAGCCCGCGAUCCUCUGGUACAACAACCCCUCCCAAAGCCCGGGCCAGAGCCUGAGGCAGUCCAGGAACGCCGGUCUUUCCCACGGGGUCGGCAGUCCUUGGCCGCGGCUACAAACGCAGGCGCCACUGCUGCGCCAAGAACACCCAUGAAAGGCGGAUCCCGCCGCAAAACAGCCGUCAUCCCGUCGGCGCCGGCCCCACCACCCACAGGCCCCGGGAACGUGGCCCCCGUUGAGCCCGCAACGGCUGUCGAACAAUUGUUUGAGCAGUUGGAUCAAUUACGCCUCAUCAAUGAUGAAACUGCAUGGCCCACGGAUGAGGGUUCAGAUGCUGAUGCAACUGACGAUUUGCGCCCCUUUCCCGAUGAGCUCAAUCUUGAGAUGUACGAUGAUUAUGAUCCUCACUCCUUGGCCGGGCGCCGUGGACAUGCCUUGCCCUCCGUGGCUCCAGUCGAGGCCAUCGAGCCCGUGGCCAGUCGGACCAGCGUCAUCUACCAGCAUCGCCGCCCCAAGGCCAAAACAGAUGUGGUGCGACGCGGGGAGUUGUAUCGACAGGCCUGGCAAUAUCGCAAGGUUCCGGGCCAAGACGCCCACCACGAUGUACGAUGGAAUACUCGCCAAGCUCUGCAGCGCAAGACCAACGAGCAAAGACCUCCCAGCAAACCAACAAAAAAGCCCGCUACUUCUUCGGACUACGUGGUCCCCACUACCAAGAAGCGCUCGGCUUUGCGGUGGGCCGUGCGCAUGCACCUCAAUGAGCUGCGAUAA